AUGCGAUGUAGGCAACCCUCACAUCACACCGGGUAGAUACAAAUGCACAGCAGCAAGUGCUCGCCCAAGGACCUUCUGCGUUUCUCUGCCGCAAUGACCACCAUCAACCUGACGCACGUGUUCAAACUCGUCGCAGGAGAGUACACCUGCAGAGUCAAUUCAGACUGCUACCCUUGGCCAGGGUACGUGUGCCACAACAACAGGUGCGUUUGCGAUCCUGAAAAAGACUCGGGCCUAUUUUCUCCGUGCGCGCCAGGGACGUUCCACGGCAACAAAUGUCGGGCUGACGGCGACUGCAACCUUGCUGAUUAUAAUUUAGUAUGCGCCAGAGCGGACAAAACUUGCAGAUGCAGAAGGGGAUAUGUGUGGGAUUUGGUUUCAAAGCGGUGCUAUAAAUUAGGGGACGACGAUUACGGCCCUAAUAAAAUUGGAACCAUGAGUGACCUGAUCGGAACGCUCAUAUUUAUCCUGGGCGUUGGAGCAAUGAUGUAUCUGCUGAUCAAAUUAUUUUGCAACUGCAGCAAAAUUUGGCGCCGAGGAAACUCGGCUCCGAGGUCGACUGAAAAUGGCAGAGGUGACGUUGAUGCACAAUGCAUCCCAAUGAGUAAUGCACCUGGCACGUGGGUUGCGUCUUACAGAGUUAUUGGAUCUCUGGACCCCUCUGCGAAUUCGCAAUUUCCGGGACGAAACGCGCCCGUUCCUCCGUAUCUGCUCCUGCCAACGCCCGGCACGGCGCCUCCUCCGUACGAAGAGGCCCUCAAGCACAAAGUCAUCCUCAGCAGUUACCCUUCGCAACCACCUUUGUCUCCGUUGCCCCUGCAAAUGCAGAAUCCACCUUCCAAUCUCAGUCCCGUCGACCAUCCUGCAGACCCUCUUCGGCCGCUUGAGCCAAUCACGGAAGGUUCCGACGCAAUUCAAGACCACCGACAAAGUGGAUCCUCGUCCAGCUAGCAACACGAGUGGGUGUAAUUAUGAGUUAAACAAAAUUUGGAAUUAAUUACACCCAGGAUUCAAAAGCUUUUAGUCUCAAGGAGAGAUUUAUAGAAAUCGUAAGAAUGUUAUAUUUUUGUCUAAAAAUUUAGCAGAACACGUAUCUAUAAAAAUUUCAAUUAUCAAAGCUGGAAAAAAAUAAUAAUUUAAUAGUGAGGAAGGAGUAAUAUAUAUGUAGAUAUUUAUUGAAUAUAGACUUUUUGAAAAAGUCUUGGGAACUUUAUUGAUUUGGAUGUGACACUUUUGGAAGGGAAGAGCUAUAAAAAAUGUAACCAGAUUAACAAAAUUCAAUGAGUCAGGUAUGUCAGAUUUGAAUUUCAUUUUAAUUAAAUCUAAUUACGUGAUCAUUUGU